AUGGCUGAGGCAGAAGUAACGGCAGCGACAACGGGUCACGGUCCAUCGGGUGACCUUCGACGCGCCAAGUACUACUUCGCCUACGGCAGCAACCUUCACAUGAGACAGAUGCAGCGGAGAUGCCCCAACAGCAGAUACGUCGGCUUCGGGCGGCUGCCCAACUUUCGCUGGCAAAUCAAUGAGCGCGGGUUUGCCAACGUGGUACGAGCGGAGGGCCACUGGGUGGAUGGACUGGUGUACGAGAUUGAGGACACCGACGAGGAGAAGCUCGAUAUCAGCGAGGGUGUUUCCAAGGGUGCGUAUGAGAAGCAGCAUAUGCAGGUCCUGGUGAAGCUGGCGUGUUGCUCCCUCUAUCGCCGCUCGGUGCCGUGGAUCGUUGCCCGCGGCGGGCCAUGCAGCGUUCGCAAGAUUGCUAAACAUGGGCAUCGUAAGAUGAUUACUUCGAUUGCCAGAGAGACGGAGAAUGUGCUGGUGUACAUUAGUCUGGUGCAUGUGGCGGACAGCAGUCCCAGGGAGGAGUACAUCGAGCGUAUUAAUCGGGGGAUAAGAGACGCGGCGUCUCUGGGCAUGGAAGACGAUUAUAUUCGCAAUUGUAUUCGGCCGUUUGUACCAGAAUCAAGUGGUUCUAGCAAUGAAACUCCUACGCCUACACGACAAAAUUCGCCGAGGACAGCUGAAAACGAAUGA